AAUAUUCUGCAUGACAUUGUGUACAAAGUGUACAAUUAUUAAAACAUUUGUCAACAUUAAAAGAAAAUUGUAAAAUUUGAAGCUUUCACGAGACAUAAUUAAACCUCCUAUUUCUUCAUCAAUGUAAAGAAAACCAACAAUGACCUCUUUAUUAUCUUCUUUCUGAACUACUUUGAAUACACUGGUGCGUACGUGCUCUCACGGUGCAUUUGCUUUGAUAUGGCGGGGACACGGAUCUUGCACGGGACACUACGUCUUGCUUGGUUGUCAAAGAGUUAACCACAGACAUGGAGGGAUAUAAUGGAGAGUUAACCACAGACAUGGAAGGAAAUAAUGGAGAGUUAGCCACAGACAUGGAAGGAAACAAUGGAGAGUUAACCACAGGCAUGGAAGUCAAUAAUGGAGAGUUAACCACAGACAUGGAAGUCAAUAAUGGAGAGUUAACCACAGACAUGGAAGGAAACAAUGGAGAGUUAACCACAGGCAUGGAAGUCAAUAAUGGAGAGUUAACCACAGACAUGGAAGGAAACAAUGGAGAGUUAACCACAGACAUGGAAGUCAAUAAUGGAGAGUUAACCACAGGCAUGGAAGUCAAUAAUGGAGAGUUAACCACAGACAUGGAAGUCAAUAAUGGAGAGUUAACCACAGACAUGGAAGUCAAUAAUGGAGAGUUAACCACAGACAUGGAAGGAAACAAUGGAGAGUUAACCACAGGCAUGGAAGGAAAUAAUGGAGAGUUAACCACAGACAUGGAAGGAAACAAUGGAGAGUUAACCACAGGCAUGGAAGUCAAUAAUGGAGAGUUAACCACAGACAUGGAAGGAAAUAAUGGAGAGUUAACCACAGACAUGGAAGGAAAUAAUGGAGAGUUAACCACAGACAUGGAAGGAAACAAUGGAGAGUUAACCACAGACAUGGAAGGAAAUAAUGGAGAGUUAACCACAGACAUGGAAGGAAACAAUGGAGAGUUAACCACAGACAUGGAAGUCAAUAAUGGAGAGUUAACCACAGGCAUGGAAGUCAAUAAUGGAGAGUUAACCACAGACAUGGAAGGAAACAAUGGAGAGUUAACCACAGACAUGGAAGGAAAUAAUGGAGAGUUAACCACAGACAUGGAAGUCAAUAAUGGAGAGUUAAUGGAAGGAAAUAAUGGAGAGUUAACCACAGACAAUGAAGGAAAUAUUGAAAAGCGAACAACAAAUUUCAAAGAAAAUAUGAUAAAACUAUGCAAAUACUGGAUGUCUGCCAUCCGUGUAAUAUCUGAUUCACUUUUUAAGUGCAUGGUGUUUGGGGUUAUGUUUCUGGUUGUGUCUGGUCAGGCUGCUGGUGUAAAAGAGUUCCUUAAUGCAGAAAACCUAUGCCUUGUCAGUGUGUGCAAUGGUUGCAGUAUGGUGGCCAAAGUGCUACGAAAGGACAAAAAUGACAUCAUUAAUGUUGAAGUUAACAGCGAAAAUGUAGCCAGCUGCAGUCUUCUGCAUAAAACACCAGAAAUAAGUGGGGAAAAAAACAAAGAACUGUAUGAUAUAUACAUCACGCCAAGUGGAUGGUGUGUAUUCACUAUCUAUAACUUCACUGGCACCAUACUUGAUGUGACUAUCUCCUCUACUUCGGGAUUGACAGAAGCCUUCAUUGAAGGUAAAUCCAAACCAGAAUGCAUGGGCCCUAAAAACCUGGAGUUUUCCCUGAGAGGUUUGGAGAAUGGUGAGGCCAAUGGGAAUAGCACAGGAGCGACAGGGGUAGACAAUGUCAGCAAUGAGAACUGGCUGGUUUUGCUGCUGAUUAUGCUGUUGGCAAUUCUGCUGAUUGUUUUUAUGGUUGUGAUCUGCAAAAUAGGAAGCUGAGAUUCAAGUAUAUUUUAAUCGACAACAACAGUUUCAAGAUUUUUGACCAGGCCUAAUGACUGCUUAAUCAGAUCCGGAACGAACGUUCAGCGUUUACCACCACACAGCUUUUCCAACCGUCCAUCUAGACUAAUAGAACAGUUUUGGCCCCCUAAUUUAUUGAAAAAUCUUGAAGCUGCACUCUUACAGAUUGACCGUUUUGACAACUUUUUUUUUCUUGUCUUGGAAUAAUCCAAUUUUGGCGUAAAUGUCUGACAACUAGUGAUAUAAGAAUGCUGAUUUUGCUGUAUUUAUGUUCAAAAAUUUAUGUAUUAUGACGAAAGGAUAGAAUAUGUAUAUAUAAAGUAUGCCCUAAUUCGCUGUAUAUUAUUUUGUAUACAUUGUGGUGUGUUUCCAUUUACUGCAAGUAUAUUUUCUUAACAUUUAACAAUAUAGCAAACAAUAUGAAAGGUGGAUUGAAACAUGUUUUAAUUUGCAAAUACAAUUUUAGGGCGGGGCUUUGGGGAAAUUUAUCCUUGUUUUUUUUUGUUAUUAGUUUUAUUAGUUUUUAUUAUUGAAUAUUUUAAAUGUCCUUUAAAUUGGAAAUAUUAAGAAUUCAUUGGUGCAACAAUUUUGGAAGUUUACUUAAAGUUUUUAAUAUAUCUUGCAGGAGGCAAAAAUGAGUCGUAGCUAAUUUAAUGAACAUGCGUAAAUCAAAUUUCUAUUUUUAGUCAACAUAUCAUUAUUGUUUUCUUAACAAUUGUUCUCUGGGAUAAAAACAUUCCAUAAUACAACAGAACAAUUACUUUUAGCUGUUUAAUUUUUACAUUAAAAACCAAAUUCCGGAAAGGAUGUUCAUGUAUAUAUAGUGCCACUCUCAUUCUUUUCCUGUGUAUAUGCAACAUUUCUAAUUGUUAACUUGUUAAGUGUGAAAGGCUUUCAUGAGCAAAAGUUUGUUAUCACUUUUUUUGAAAUAUAGACAGGGCUUCCACUUAACUUGUUCAAAUGGUUUUUGAUCAAAUGUGUAUGAUAUCAACUGUAUUAAUAUCAAAUAGGAUCUUACAUGAGUUGCAAUUUAAUACAAUAGGGAUAUUUGUAUUGCCUUUUGAUCCAAGUUAAAUCAAAAUCUGCAAAAAUCCAUGUGAGUCAAAUACGACAUCCGGAUGAAAACAAAGUACUUAUAACCCUUCUAUUAUAUGCAUUACUAGUAAAAUUAAAGACACUUGAUUUCAUUAUGAAUGUCAUUUAAAUAAAGCACUUUUUUGUUUCAUGACUUCAUUUUAACAUCCAGAAUGAUAUGUUUAUGAUGACUAUGACAUAUGCGAAAUGUAUAUUUUGGUGCUAAUCUUACUGGUUGAAAUAUAUUGCUAUAUCGGUAGGUCCGUCGGUAGACCAAAGCUUGUCCGAGUGAUAACUCAACAAUUCCUGGACGUAUGGUCAUCAAACUUCACAUGAAGGUUGGGCCUGAUCAGUAGAUGACCCCUAUUGAUUUUGGGGGUCAUCGGGUCAAAGGUCAAGGUCACAGUGACCUUUAAUGGUAAAAUAAUUUUAAAGCUUGUCUAAGUGAUAACUCAACAAUGCCUGCACCCAUGGCCCUCAAACUUGACAUGGAGGUUGGGCCUGACCAGUAGAUGACCCUAUUGUUUUGGGGGGUCAUCAGGCCAAAGGUCAAGGUCACAGUGACCUUGAAUGGUAAAAGGUCAUCCGAGUGAUAACUUGACAAUGCCUGCACCCAUGGCCCUCAAACUUGACUUGGAGGUUGGGCCUGACCAGUAGCUGACCCCUAUUGUUUUUGGGGCUCAUCGGGUCAAAGGUCAAGUUCACAGUGACCUUGAAUGGUAAAAGGUUGUCCAGGUGAUAACUCAACAAUGCCGGCACCCAUGACCCUCAUAAUUGAAUUGGAGGUUGGGCCUGACCAGUAGAUGACCCCUAUUGUUUUUGGGGGUCAUCGGGUCAAAGGUCAAGGUCACAGUCACCUUGAAUGGUAAAAGGUUGUCCGAGUGAUAAUUCGACAAUGCCUGCACCCAUGGCCCUCAUAAUUUAAUUGGAGGUUGGGCCAGACCAGUAGAAGACCCCUAUUGUUUUUGGGGGUCAUCGUGCCAAAGGUCAAGGUCACAGUCACCUUGAAUGGUUAAAGGUUUUCCAUGUGAUAACUCGACAAUGCCUGCACCCAUGGCCCUCAAACUUGACUUGGAAUUGGGCCUGACCAGUACAUGACCCCUUUUGUAUUUGGGGGUCAUCUGGCCAAAGGUCAAGGUCACAGUCACCUUGAAUGGUAAAAGGUUGUCCGAGUGAUAACUCAACAAUGCCUGCACCCAUGGCCCUCAAACUUGACUUGGAGAAUUGGCCUGACCAGGAGAUGACCCCUAUGGUUUUUGGGGGUCAUCUGGCCAAAGGUCAAGGUCACAGUGACCUGGAAUGGUAAAAGGUUGUCCGAGUGAUAACUCGACAAUGCCUGCACCCAUAGCCCUCAAACUUGACUUGGAGGUUGGGCCUGGCCAGAAGAUGGUCCCUAUUGAUUUUAGGGGUCAUUGGGCUAAAGGUCAAGGUCACAGUGACCUGAAAUGGUAAAAGGUUAUCCGAGUGAUAACUCGACAAUGCCUGCACCCAUGGCCCUCAAACUUGACUUGGAGGUUGGCAACGCCUGGCCAGAAGAUGGUCCCUAUUGAUUUUAGGGGUCAUUGGGCCAAAGGUCAAGGUCACAGUGACCUUGAAUGAUAAAAGGUUGUCCGAGUGAUAACUCAACAAUGCCUGCACCCAUGGCCCUCAAACUUGACAUGGAGGUUUGGUCUGACCAGUAGAUGACCCCUAUUGAUUUUAGGGGUCAAAGGUCAAGGUCACAGUGACCUUGAAAGCGACCUCGACAAUUCCUGGACCUAUGGUCAUCAAACUUGACAUGAAGGUUGGGCCUUCCCAGUAGAUGACCCCUAUCGUCUUUGGGGGUCAUCAGGCCAAGGUCAAUGUCACAGUAACCUUUAACGCAAAAAAGUUAACAAAUCUUCUCCCACUGAUAUCUCAACAAUGCCUGAACCUAUGAUUAUUAAACUUGACAUGGAUGUUAAGCCUGAUCAGUAGAUCACCGUUAUUGAUUUUAGGAUUCAUAGAGCCAAAGGUCAAGGUCACAUUGAUCUUGAAUGGUAAAAGGUUGUCCGAGUGAUAACUCAACAAUGCCAGAACCCAUCGGCUUCAAACUUGACUUGGAGUUGCAUCUGACUUGUAGAUGACCCCUUAUGAUUUAAGGGGUCAUUGGGUCAAAGGUCAAGGUCACAGUGACCUUGAACGAAAAAAACUUGUCUGUGUGAUAACUUGACAAUGCCUGCACCCAUGGCCCUCCAACUUGACAUUUAGGUUUCUGGUGACCUGCUGAUGACUUUGGAUUUUGAGUUCAUAGAGUCAAAGGUCAUGGUCAUAACACACUCUAUCCUCACACUUUAAUGGUCAUAAUUUUAAAACUGCCUUAACGGCAACAAAUCUGAGCUGUCAUUUCGGUCCAUGCAUAUUUCAUUCAAUUGUCCAUAUAAUCCUGACAACAUGGCGCUCAGGGUGGGGGCAUAAUGUUUGACAAACAUCUCUUGUUUUAUGUAAUACACAAUUGUUAUGGUAAAAUAAAACAUCGUACUUUUCUUUUAAAUGAGUAUAGAAAACAGGAAUUUGUCUUGAGAUAAGAAGUCAGACUUAAGAUAUUUUAUGAAUACUGGUGUUGUUUAAUUUAAAAGGCAUUCUGCAUGAAAGUUUACACACAAAAUUAGUAUCAAAAAGGUUGGCAUUAUGAGUUACGUUAUCUUUCUCAUGUUUAUUGUGUUAAUUUCCUUUGGGUAUUUAACAUAUCUAUAUGUUUAUAAAAAAAAUCAUUCUGGUUGUGUUAUAUUUAUUUCAUUAUAGACUGCAUAAUUAUCAAAAGAAAUGACAUUAUGAUACAAAUGUUUGCUUCUUGCCCAUUUUCAUUGUUUAUUUCUGUUCUUUGGGCAUUGAACUAGUUUAUAGGCAUUUUAGUUUUUCAUCAAUAAAAAUUUAAGAUGCACUCUUACAUCCAAAUAAGAUGUACCACAAUUAAUACAAUUGUCUUAAUUUACUGAAAAGGAUGAAUACAUAUCAUAAAAUCAAUGCUUCUUAUGAAGAAUACGUGUUUAACUUUAAAGAAAUGUGCAGAAAACACAGUAUUUUUACCUUGGGACCUUUUAGGACGCAUCAGUCAUUUUAUAUUUUGUGUUUUCAGCUAUUUAAGAUGCACUCAUACUCCCAAAUAAGAUUUACCACAAUUAACAAUCUUGUUCUAAAAUCCAAAAAGGAUGAAUAAAUGUCAGAAAAAAAUGGUUAUUAUGAAGAAUACUAAGUUUAAUUUGAAAGUAAUGAGCACAAAGCACGUUAUUUCUACCUUAGGAGACUAUAGUAGACCACAGUAAAUCUUUUAGCAUUCACCAAUCAUUUAAUAUUUUUGUGUUUUCAGCUAUGAAAUUCACUGUUACAAUCUUGUAAUCAGUGAAUGAUGUUUCCCUUAAAUGCAUUAUUUAGGCAGUAGUUUAAGAUGUAUCAAUCAAAAUGUAGGUAUGUUUGUUUGAUUGUUUGUUUGUUUGUCAGUCAUUCAGUCAGUUAGUUACUUUGUUAGUUAGUCAGUCAGUCAGUCAGUCAGUCUCAGUCAGUCAGUCAGUCAGUCCAGUCCAAUCCAGUCCAGUCCAGUCCAGUCAGUCAGUCAGUCAGUCAGUCAGUCAGUCAGUCAGUCAGUCAGUCAGUCAGUCAGUCAGUCAGUCAGUCAGUCAGUCAGUCAGUCAGUCAGUUAGUUAGUAUUGAUUUUGAAUAAGAGUGUUGACCACUUUAAGUCCACGGUCACAAUCUUGUUAUCAGUAAUUAAUAUUUUCCAUAAAUGCAUUAUUUAUUAAGUAAUUCAGGGUUAAGCACUCAAAGUUUAUGUUUGUUAAACAUUUUGUAUUUAUUGUUUUUAAAUAUGAUCUACAUCUUUUUUUUUCAAAAUGAUAAAAUCUGAAUAACCAAGAAAUGCAAUAAAAACUAAUUUAACUACCCAAACACUUUGAACAUAAUUUUGUUUAAUUUUAACCCUGGCAAGUUAUGUGUUUAUUCAAACCACAUGCAGAGUAGACUACUUGGUUUUAUUGUAAUCAUUGCAAGUAUAAUUGAGUGUGUGUAAUGUACAUAUAAAAGUCCCAAAACUUACAUAGAAUCAUCUGGCCUGCACGUUUUUAGGCCCUAGCUACGCCCCUGUAUUGAUUGUGAUAGCUUAAAUGUUUACUUUCUUUCAUUCAGAACUUGAUUUUCACAGUUAGCAACAUGUAUACGUGAUAAGUGUGAUCAUUCUCUUUGUGUAUAAAUAUACUCUAAACUUUGUGUCUAUAAGUAAUAUAUAAUUAUGAAUGCUAGUUCUCAUUGCUUGCUCAAUUUGAAUUCAGCUCAA